CGUUCCUGCCGUUGGGGGCGCUCUUCUGCCCUCCGAGCGGGCUGAUGGCGGCGCGGAGCUGGAGUGGCGGCUUGCGGGCUGUUCUCCGCGCCGGGCCGGUGCCUGGGCGGCCGCGCGGCCUCGCCUCCUCGGGGUGGCCCUGGGGAGAGCCCGGCGCCUGGCUGCGGCGGAAGCUGCUGGGCCCGAGCCAGCCGCCCUUCCAGCGCGUCUGCCUGGUGGGCGACCCGGUGCUGCGCGGCGUGGCGGCGCCGGUGGAGCCGGAGCGGGUGGGCAGCGCGGAGGUGCAGCGGCUGAUCGCGCGGCUGGUGGCGGUGAUGCGGAAGGAGGACUGCGUGGGGCUGAGCGCGCCCCAGCUGGGCGUCCCGCUGCAGGUCUUCGUGGCCGAGUUCCGGGGGCCGCCGCUGCGGCAGGAGCUGCCGGAGGGGCUGCGCGCCCUGGAGGUCGCCCCCUUCCCGCUGCGCGUCUUCCUCAACCCGACCAUGAGGGUGCUGGACAGCCGGGCCAGCUUCUUCACGGAGGGUUGCGCCAGCCUGCCCGGCUUCUCGGCCGUGGUCGCCCGGCACAUGGCCGUGGAGGUCUCAGGACUAAACGAGGCUGGAGAGGAGACCACGUGGCAAGCCAGGGGCUUCGCAGCCCGCGUCGUUCAGCACGAGAUGGACCACAUCAAAGGGAUCCUCUACGUGGACAAGAUGGAGAGCGGGACGUUCAGCUGCUUGCAUUGGGCCAAGGUCAACCGAUGAGCACCUCCCUUCCUUCAAGCCGGGGAGGGAGCUAAAAGCAGCAGCCCAGCCUCUCUCUGCUCCCUCGCAGGACCUGAACUUGCUGUGAAUGUUACCCGUUAUUUAUGUGAAAACUCGGCUAAAGAACAGAAUGUUGUAAGGCUUCAUUUCCAGCAUUUUAUUCUUCCACAAGCUCUCUCUCUCUCCAUACAACCCAUCACUUUAAAACCCAUCACUACAGGUUGUGGGAAAGUGGCCCUUCAGCCCCCUUAAGCACAAGGCAGCUUCUCUUAACACCACCGGUGGAGGACUUGCCUCUCCCUCUGGCACAAAUUCUCCCAGUAAAAGCAAUGGGCCUGGAUGUGUGCGUGCGCACCUAUCAUUCUGCCUCUGCCUGUUCAGCUCUGCUCAUAGAAGGCAACUCUACUUGGCCAAAGGUUGCAGAGCAGCUUCCUUGGGACUAGUCCGGGGUCUCCCGCAGGGAACGCCGCCUGUGUCCUGUCAAUGGGAGCCAAGUCACCAUUCCUCUCCUUUGCAAAGGAAUCUGGCAGGCAGGUGGAACUGCAGGGCUGCAAAGGAGGCCUGCAGUCUGAAGCUACAUCAAGCAUGGGCCCCGAAGCAAAGCAACAGCUGAGGACCUUCACCAAAGGCUGGAAGGGAAGUCGCUGUGGGAGCCAAAGGAGUUCGGACUGGACAGAAACUGAACAUCGGCAAAAAACAUACCAGAACCCAAUAAAAUGGCAUCACAGAG